AUGUCUACUAGAAGGAAUCACCUUCUAGAAAUUAAUGUUACUAAGGAGACUACUACUACUAAUAAUAAUCAUAGUAACUAUUUACAAAAUAAUGAAAUCGAAUUUGAAAUGUUUCAUUUAACAAAUAAUUUAUUGAUUAUUUUAUUAAGUGUAUUAUGUAUUAUUAUAAUAUUAUUAUUACUUAUUUAUAUUGUAUAUCGUCGAUUACGACGGCAUCAUCAUCAUUCACAAUAUUUCAAUAAUCCAUUCAAAAUUCAUAAGAAUAAGAAUAAGAAUAAUAAUGAUGAUGAAUAUGUUUGUUUUACAAAAUCAAAUCAAGUUCCAUUUAAUCGUUAUACACAAAUUCAAACACCAGAAUUAUCAUUGAAAUCAUUUCAUAAAUCUAAUGAUCCAUUCACUUAUUAUACAAAUGAUCACAAUGAUGAUCACAAUAAUGAUAAUGGUGAUGAUGAUGAUGAUUCGGCUGAAUUAAAAAGAAGAAAAGAACAUUUCCAUAAAUCAAUAAAUGAUCAAAAAAAGUCAGAAUCACGUUCGAUAGUUGAAAACAAUCGUAAAGGUAUUCGUCGUGUAAGUAGUACACCAAAUAUACCGAGACUCGUCGAUAAUCAAUCGAAUAAUGUCGAUAUAAAUCAUUUAUUGGGUUGUGAAGAAGGAGAAGAUAAUAAUGAUAACAAUGGUACAUCACUUGAUGAUCAUGAAUUGUUCAAAGUGAACAAUGAAAAUGAGAACGACAUUGUGGAUUUCACAUUGACUGAUAGUAUCGAAGAUUCAACCGUAAAUGAUACAUUGGAAUCAUUAGAAAACUCAACUAAUCAUUUAUCAUUCAUACCGAUAAUCCAUCCAAACUGGACAACUGAACGUGGUAUACCAGAAAGAGGUUAUAUUACGUUAGCUGUACGAAUUGAAGGUGUUCUGUCCAACAUUAAAAAACAUCCAUUUCUAUCUGUAUAUAUAUUUGAUGCACGUUGUAUUCUGAGUAGGAACGUAGAUCCAAAAGCAGGGAAAUUUUAUGUGAAAGCACGUCUUCAAUUAGCUGGCCUAAACAAUUCUGUGUCAAUGUUAUCCUUAAGUCAAAUAUCUACAAAGUCAUUGAGAAUUUUUUCUGAUAAAAUGGAUAUAUUUACAUCGAAUAAAAUGUCUUCUACAGUGCAUAGUGGUUGUACACGAGUGAGACGUGCUUAUCGUUCACCAAUUUUUCGGCAUAAAAUUAUCUUACCUUUACCAUUGAAUAUAAUUGAAGUAAUAAAUAAUCGAUCCACAUCACUUUUUCAAUCCAUGGAAUCAAUCUCAUCAAUAGGCUUAGAAGAUGAUACAAUACAAAAUUAUGAGCUUAAAAUAGAUUUGAAAGAACGUAAUGCAUGUAAAGCAAAUGAUCUACAUGGUACUUCUACUGUUCAAUAUUUACCAUAUUGGAAAUCUUCACAAUUAAUUGGCAGUGUACAUAUUCCUAUAACAUCUAAAAUGUGGCAAUAUCUAAUGGAUGAUGUGAAUAAAUUACGUCGUUCUACAGUUGUGAAUGUGUCAACCUUUGAAGAUAUUAAAACAAAAGAGAAAUCAUUAGAACUAUUACCGAAUAAAUUAUUAUGGUUUAUUAGGUCUUUGAAAGUUCCAGAUGAAAAUGCCAAUUCACGAGGAGAAAUUACUUUUGGUAUGCAGUAUAAUCAAGAGAAUGGUAGUUUAACUAUUAGCCUGUUUAAUUGUGCUGCAAUGAAUUUGCCUAAACGAACAAAGAAUUUAUUUGUUCGUGCUUCAUUGUGUUCGAAUUGGAAAUUAUUUCGAACUGUUCAGUCUAGAGCAACUGCUCGACUUACAGUGAACUCAGCAGAGUUUAUAUUGGGUGAGAAAUUGAAUUUUAUCAUUGAAGAAGACAUUAGUCGUGUAUGUAUAAUAUUGAGUGUAUUCGCACGAUCUGGAAGUAAACUACAAGAAUCUACUACACUUAUUGGUCGUUGUGUAACUGGACCAUCAGAUUUAGCAUGCGGUGAUGGACUUUCACAUUGGACAUCAGUCUGUUCUAAACAAGGAAUGAUUAGACGUACUCAUAUUCUAUCAUAAAUGAUUACAGUAUCUAUGUGAAACAGUGAACUUUCAUGUAUAUCGGCUGAAUGGUUCAAUGAUUAAUGUGCUUUUUUUCUUAAAAUAUAAAUGACUGA